UUAUGUGAGAUCAUUGUUAGAUACGAAUUUCAACCAGAAUUUGAUAAAAGAAUUGAACAAGAAACUUUUAAAUAUUUGAAGAGAAAAUAUUCUGAAAAUUUUUACAAGACAGUUAAAAGACAAAAAGUUGAUUCAAAAGUUAUCAUUUUAACAGGUAGAAUUGGAGUUGGAAAGACUACAUUUGGAGAAAAAUUUGCAAAAUAUUUAGAAGAUAAAGAAUUAAAAAAAGAAGUAGAAAAGAUAAAUCGAUUAACUGGUUAUGAUUAUAUGAUUUUUGAUCGUACAUAUAUUGAUACUAAAGCAUUUACUUAUCAUAAUAUUAAAAAACAAGAUGUUUUAGAUUAUUUACAAGAGAGAAGGUUAGAAAUUGAUUUUAAAAAUAUUCACAAG